GGGGUGUUCCAACAGGGAAGUUGGACGUUACGGUGGAAGCAACUCUGGGGGUGAGUUAAAAGGGAUCUGGAAGAUGAUGGAAGAGCAUGGUGCCGGAGGAGAAUAUAUUCAGCUGAAGGACUGAGAGACCCAAAGCUAUCAAGAUCAGCUCCUUCAAACAGAUUUACGCACGGACUGAAUUAGAACUGAGUCAAGAGGCAGGUUAAUCUUCCUCUGAAAGGGAGUCUUCGGAAGGGAGACUUGAAGGUGGUGCCAUGAGAGUGAAAAUGGCGGUAGAGACAGAGGCAAAGGCAGACUUGAGGCCCUUAAUUCAAGUGCCUCUGCGGUUACAUGGAAUCAAAAGAGAAGAACAAGGAACAGCAAACUUCAAUAUAGGAGAAGCUCCAGAGAAAGCAGAACAAAUUCCUUGUGUCCUUCGUGCGGGUAAAGUCUUGAGUUGGAAAUCGUCUCCGCUGAUAAAGGAAGAGCCAGAUGUAGGUGUGAUCCAGCAUUGGGAAAUCCAAGGCCAAGAGAGAGAACAACCCCUUCAUUUUGGAUGCAGGGGGAGGUGGCCAAUAGCAUUUGAGCCGUGGGAGGACACACUAGCUCUUCUAGCUUCUUUUGAACAUGUGGCCUACGCCUGCCAGUGGUCAAAGGAAGAACUGGUAGCCCGGCUUUUGCCAACUUUGAAUGGGGAUGCUCGCGAGGCCUACUUGAGUUUGGAUGUUAGUGACAGACGGGACUAUGGGAAAGUGAAGGCCGCCAUCUUGAAGAGGGAGCCUGUGGCCACCGAGAAGCGAAGACGACACUUCCGGCAGUUCCGAUAUCAGGAGGCCAGGGGGCCGCGGGAUGCUUGCAGGCGGCUUCGGGAGCUUUGCUGUCGGUGGCUAAGGCCAGAGAGCCACACCAAGGAUCAGAUCUUGGAGCUGUUGAUUCUGGAGCAGUUCCUGACCAUCUUGCCCCAAGAGAUCCAGAGCCAAGUGUGGGAGCAAGUCCCUGAAACCUGCACCCAAGCGGUGACUGUGGCUGAAACUUUUCUAGCAAAGGAGCAGGAGAACGAGAGGCAGGUGUUGCAGAUGUCAGGACCGUGCAAGGACAUGGAUACAGUGAACGCCCCAGAGACAGAGCUGGUGGGGUCAAGUACCAGGCCAAUAGUCCCAUGCAGGGAGACCAAGCAGAGAGGUAGUGGGGAUACCAGCUCAUUGGGUUCUUCUGACACAGAGACUACAUGGGACUCAUCGGCAGAAGAAGGGGGUGCUGGGGGCUCUGGUAGGCAAGAUCCUUCUGUAACAGUAGUUCUUGACAGCUGUGGAGUGACAUCUGGAUUCUGUCCUCUGGCCACACUCAAGAGGGCCCAAGUCAUGCCUGAGGAGUCCUUUCAACAAGCAGAGUAUGAGGACAGGUUUGGGGGAGCUGAGCAGCUCCAGGCUCGCCCACAGGCUCCCAGCAGGGACAGCGCCUACGCAUGCACCCACUGUGGCAAAGGGUUCCGGUGGCCGUCAGCGCUCGCUGUGCACCAGAGGACCCACACGGGUGAAAAACAGCAUCGUUGUACCGAGUGUGGGAAGCGCUUUGGCCAGCGGGGACACCUGACAGUACACCGGAGGAUCCACUCGGGAGAAAAACCAUAUGCCUGCCCUCAAUGUGGGAAACAGUUUGUGGACUCCUCCCACCUCACCAAGCACCAGAGGACCCACUUGGGGGACCAGCCCCACCAGUGUACUGAAUGUGGACGAAGGUGUGCGAAUAAGCGCUCCUUGGUGCAGCAUCAGCGGAUUCACAGCAAAGAGAAAUCCUAGGCUGUGGAUGCACGUGGUCUCCUUGUGGAAAUGCUGGGACAGGAUUAUAAUAGUGUGACAGGAAAGGAUCCUUCAUCUCUCUGCAGAGGUGAAGGAAACUUGGUCUGUGUGCAAGGCUCAUCUCCCAUUGAUCAGCAGUAUCCCAGUAUCUGAAGAGUAACGCCCACUGACCCUUUUGCUCCUUCCAUCAAGAUACCUUCUUCGAUUCCAGAAUAAAAGGGGCAACCAAAGGUGGGGGGGGGGGCUGUUAAAAAAAAAUGGCCAUAACUAUAUGACCAAAGCCCUGCCCUGUUUUUACACAUAUCAUUCGGACGUUUAAAUUGGCUUGGAAAAAGUGGAUUUGAGCAUUCAUUAAUGCCUGCAAGAUUUCUGAAUCAGGUCUAAAUCAUUCAGAAUCAGUUUGUCAGCAUCUCUUGAUGCUCUGAAGAUUUGUUCUGAAAAUUAAGAUUGAGUCAAAACAGUCAAAUCCCCACAGAAUCUCUGAAUGAUUCAGCCAACCCUAUUAUUUACUGUUCUAGCCAGGGUGGACGGUGAACUAGCAAGAGUUCAAACCACUGAAUUAGUCUUCAUUUGAUGAAAGAUUGGGGGGGGGGGAAUCUUUUUGUAAAAAGAAGGAAUUAAGCUUUAAGGUGUUACAGACUGUUGUUCUGGCUAACUGAAAAGAUUAUUGUGCUGACUCUUCUGAAAAUGAUUUUGCUUGCCCAGUUCCAUUCAGAAAUAAUAAAUGUGCUGCUUUAAAUACUUUCAAAAUUCUGACUUGCGUCAGUAAUUCUAAGGAACUGGGGUUAGUAAUUUCAAAUUAAUUAAAAAUAAAAGGCUUUAAAAAGUGUGUGUACAUGGGCACGAACACGUGUAAUAUUUUGAGCAGCAACGCUACUAUGCAUGUUGUUCGUUUGAAGCUAAUAUCCCUUUCCCAAGAAAAUGGUCCUGCAGCUUUGAAGGAGUUGCUAAGUACUCAACACUGACCAGUAAGUACCCUGGUUGGCAUCCCAAAACCUAAAGCCUUUCAGCGCUUUUUUACUUUAAGGAUACAUUUUUAAGUGAUGAACAGCAAAUGUGUGUGAGAUUUGUUUUGCCCUCAGCUUCAAGAACGCUUAUGCUGAGUGUGUGAACGAAUAAGGGAUGACAUGAACAAUGGUGAAAGAGUAAGUCUGGCAUUCCAGGAGAAUUGAGAUCAAAGGCUAGAGCUUUAAUCAAGUUUACAACAUUGGUUUGCACUGCAUUAUCAGAAGGUUGUCGAGAUUGGUAGAGGACCAUGUAUUGUGCUAGGGCUCAGACACAUGGAUUGUCGUCAGCCUGGAAAAAUACUGUUCCUAAAUCUAAGGGCAGACAUGGAGAUCACAGAAAUAGUUUUUGAACACCAGUUACUGGGAGACAACAAUCAGCUAUUUUGUGUUCUUGCUUAUGCACUUCCAGAAGAUCCAAGUUCAGAGUCCUACUUUAGCAUGAAGCUGACCGGGUAACAUUUGUGAUCACGCAUUAAAAUCCAGACAACCACUAGAUGCAGCCACCUUUCUGCCACCUAGUGGAUGUCCCGAUUUUUGCUGCCCAGAUCUGAUUGCCUUAUCAAAUACUGAGAUGUCCCACCUGGACUGAUUGGUGUUGCUCAGCUCUAUGCUUGAUAGUCUCUCACUGAGACAGAAACAACUCGGCUUAGUUUCCUGACUGAGGGUGAAGAUGGCGUUCCUGUUUCCCAUCUUUCCAACACUCUGCAACCUCGCUGGCUGACCACAAUGUCCAUUACAAGAAAGUGGAAAUUGUGCUCUGGGAGCAAACGGAAGUUUUAUCUUCUGUGAACAGAAAAUGCUGCAACCCAGGUUUUUUGAUACCCACAUUAUGAGGCUUAUGUAGAAUAACCAGACCGUUCAUGGUAGUACACGAUAAUUUAAAUCUUGAGAAACACUGCCAUUUCUGCCAUUGUCUUCCUAUCAUAUAAUUUUUAGGAGAUCAAUACACAACAAAUUUGACCUGUGUUCAAGUUAUUUGAGAAAUUCAUUCAGAAUACCUUCCAUUUUCUUUAAGGUGCCCUCUCCCAAAGUUUUUGUCUGUUUAAUACUUAAGAAAAUAUUUUCCCAUCUCUGCUGGUUGCUGAGUUUUUGAAAAAGUUGCCUUUUGAAAUAUAUUGAAAAGUUUAAAAAGAAAAACAGCACCAACAUUUUCUUCAAAAUUAACACAUUAAAAAAAAAAAGUUGUGUUUCAAAAAUAACUUGUCUGAUUGGGCCAGUGUCAGGGUUCACAUUCUAAUCAAUAGCUACAGAUGAGGAACCUUUGCCUAUAUCCAGGAUUAUGAGUAAAUGCAAUACUCAUUAAUACUUUUUUUAGUGUUACAUUUUUGCUUCUAUGAAGUCCUAUCUUCCCUGCUGGAGAAUGGUCAUUAGUGGCUUUCAGCUUCCAGAUGUUAAAUUAUGACUCCCAUCCUUUCUAUCCAACAUAGGAUGGGUGAGCGAACAUAGGGAAAGCCAAAAGGUAAUGCUGAUGGAUCUCUUGUGUUUUUCUCCCUUAAUCUAAGAACCAGGAGAUCCAACUACCUUUUUUUUUCUUUUUACUAUUCUUGUAGUCAGUGAUGGCCAAAAUAGUUGGCUGAACUUGUACUUCUUAAGUGUCAGAUCUACUAUUGCCAAAUAAUUAUAUUGUUGUGCUUUUCCAUGACAAGUAAUUUUGUCAAAUAUUUUUAUGGUUUGCUGGUGAGAUAUCUAUCCCAUAACUCCCAAUUCAGUGACCAGUAAUCACUUUCUGAUUCUUUCCAAACCCAAUAUGAAGCUUUUCCAAAUAUACCACAAGGUAUUUCUUUCUCCCACUUCAUGAAGGGUAAAUGAAGAUUCUUGAAAUGAGCUGUUCAGAGUUCACCAUUUCAAGGACAAGUCUUCCAUGCAUCAGAUUGAAAGUGGGAAAACAGACAAGGACUUAAUCCUGUAAUUAGACCUUGAGAUACUUGGGCAACCUCCAAAACUCAGUGCAAUGUUGUAGUCAGACCCCCUCCUUCAACCCCAAUGGGGAAGAUUAAGAUUAGUGCAAGUAUGAAUUCUAACAGGCACUGCAGAAACAUUUAGAAGCCAUGCUCAGUACUGACAAGGUAGUACACUAGUUGUCACCCAGAAGCCUCCCUAGUCCUUUGAGCACUGCUUAGUCCCCAUCCAUUCUGCUUCCCUCAGCAUAACAAAAUCAAAGCUGAGGUUAGUAAUGGAGACACAUUUCUGCAUCCAGCAGAUAUGUUUUUGCAAUCGCUAUUGCAUUAGUGUGUGAAAGAGUGAAGGGUUGAGAUGAAUGACCAGCAUGUGAAGAUAACUGGUAUUAGCAUGCACACCAAAUGGAACACAGUUCUGACUUUAUCUCAAAGAUGUUUAAGAGUUAGCCACAACAUUCUGGCCACCACUUCCAUGGAACCUUUGGAACUUUUACACAAAAACUCUAGCUAACUGGCCCAGAAGUCAAAGAGAAGUCUAACCCUUUCCCAUUUUCAGUGAUGGCACCCAUACGCAUAUUUUAGGUAAUGAUUACUCCAUUUGUCCCAUUUCCAGAAAUGGAAGUAUACAAAAACUCUAACAAAUGAUGAAAACUGGGAAUUGCAGCAAAUCAAACCAAACCUCUCUGUAUUAAAUUGGAAGUGUGUACAAGAUUCUUGGAGUAUGAGAACAUUUCUGAAAAAGCUAGUUGUCAUUGUUGGACCUUGCUCUGGUACAUACCAUGAGUGUAGUGCUGAUCAUAUUAGGUUUUACUAGAUUACAGGAUCCUGAAUCUUUCCUCUAAUUCAUCACACCAAAUGUUUAAACCAACAAAAUUGUCCUCCCAUUCUGCAACCUGAGUAGUCUGGCACUUGGAAAUCCCACCUCAGUUAAAAAAAAAAAAUCUUCAAGUAUUGUCUAUAUCUGCUUUUUAAAACUUGAUGCCUGGUAGGGGUUUUGACUAUAAUUCCUGGCACCUAGGUUGGAGAAAUCUUCUGUAUUACACACAGCUUAAAAACUUUGGAAACUUGGUUAAUCUAGCAAUUCUUCAAGGCAGUCACUUGGUCAUAAAAACUAACUGUACAAACAUAAUUUUUAUUCAGUGGGGCUGCAGAUACCUUUUCUUAUAAAAGAAAAAUGAACUCUUACCUUGGCAUCAAUCUAUACUAAAACUUGCAUCAUAAUAAAGUGAACUCUAGGUCCUAUAUAAAUUGUGCAAAUAAAAUACAUUUGCACAUAUUUGGAGGUUCUUUUGCAUCAAUUACUCAAGUACACAAGGGUCUGGAAGAGUAUCAAGUAUUGUCUGUAAUCUUGGAGUUCCAACUUUUGACUACUAUGAAUAUUGCCCAAGUAUCACUGUCCUUUUUGGCCCACCUUGAUCCUUCUUACUCAGCUUUCUUCUAGCUAUAAAUAUGCUAUUUUUUUUCCUUGCAAAGAUGAAAACCAGAGCCCUUUAAGAGGGUGAGUUUUAUGUCUCAAAGUAAAAUAGUUCCUUGCACACCAUCAUGGGCAGAACUGACUUUUUUAGGCCAUAGAAAAGCAAAUCUGGCUCAGUAUCUUGAGAAAAUGUCAACGUCUCACAUUUAUGAUGAAAAAUCUAUCAUAGCCUUUCCCAACCUGAUAAGCUGUAACUUCCAUUAUCCCCAAACAAGGUGUUCAUUCUGGAAGGCACCAGGCUGGAGAAAGCUGUAUCAUUAUCCCAAGACAAGGUGGUAAUGGAGGGGCUGGAAAAAGGAAGUAUCUCUCACUGAGUUGCACUAAUCUUUGAGGGGCAUAUUGUGGAAAUAAAGCAAUAUGAAGAAAUGGCUCUAGCAUAAUUAAAAGAUGAUCAUAUUGUCCUGAUACAAGUCUUCCAUGUUCAGUAUUCACCUGUCAUUUUUUUGAUGGGGACUAGACAAACCUUGAGAGAUCACUGAAUGGGCACUGUACAUUUGCAGCAGUCAGAAAGUGAAAAGGAUAUUUUUAGGCAAUAAUCCUUUGGUAUUUGGGUAUUUCGAUCUUCUACCACAUUGACUAUGUUCAUACAAUAUGCUUAACCUGGCUCUUGAAUUAACCCAUUAUCUGGGUUUACACAAUGCACUGGACCUUAACCCUAAUCAAAUGAGUUAGAUCCAUACAACAUGCUAAGCCACACCAAAAAAGUAAUGGAUCUUAGUGUGAGCAGUGCUGUAGCUUGAGCGUUCACUGUCCUGAUAAACGUAUUGUGUCAACAUGUCCACUGUAAUUAAUUAAAAGAGAUCCCUGGUCAGGGCUACCAGGUCAAUGUCAAUAAGAAGCUGAAGGGUGAAUUGCAUUAAGUGUCAUCUACUGAUUCCCUCCAGCAAAGGACUCUCUAACCCAAUGUUUCUCAA